CUGGUAGUGUACAUUUUCAGUUGAGAAGAUGAUUUCUUUCUUUGUUUGUUUCACAAUUACUGUAGUGCUGUGAGAAUGACAGGUAGAUGGAAAACCACUGAGCAAAGAUGAAACAGAUUAAAACCACCAUCUUCAGUGCUGCACAAACAACAAGAGAAACAUGUGACAUUAUCUGUGUCACCUCACCUCUAUAUGUCUACACACUUUUCCACAGUUCUAGAUUAUUACUUUUUUUUGUUUAGGCUGGUUGAUUUAUUAUUUAUCACAUUCCUGUUUCAUAUUUGAUGUAUUUACAUGGAUUUUUGCAACCUUCAAUCAAACUUUAUGCCCAGCCCAAUUUAUACUGUAAUUAUUUACAAUAAAUGCUUAGUUUGCAUGUGUAUACACACAUUAAAUUCUCAGCAAUGAACGCACAUUUAAUUGUUUAUUAUUUUUUAAGCACGAUGCGAUUAGCCACUGCUGACAUGAUGAAAAUUACAGUCUUUUUAUGAAAUGCCAACCAUUUGUUUCCACAUUUAAAGUAUUAAAGUGUUUUGCAAGCCUAAAUAUAUAAUUUUUCAAGUUUUCAAUAAAACAAUCUACAUUUUUUAUUACAUACAAACGAUUCUUUUAUGUCUCGCACAUAUUUAGUUGCCUUUAAUAAAACGUUUUAUUCUACUGUUGAAACAUCCGCGGCUGUGAGGUUGUUGAUUGUUGCUAUGGUGAUACCGGGGAGCUCUUCCGGGUCGUGCAGUCGUGUUUACGAAUAAGCAGCGCUGCAUUACAUAAUCUCUCAUCGAUGGUGUGAUCCUUCGCUACAGCCUCUUGUUGCAUCUUUACUGCGGUACUUUACACAUUAUUAAUGGGUCCAAAAAGGAUCUACAUCAGUGUGGGUUAUGCCACGGUUGGCAUGUUGGUGGGAUUUUCGGCGUUUAUCGUGUGGAAUGUGCUUUAUAAACAGCCGUGGACUGCGGGGAUGGGCGGAUUAUCAGGAGUUCUGGCACUCUGGGCACUGGUCACCCACAUUAUGUACAUCCAGGACUACUGGCGCACAUGGCUGAAGGGACUCAAGUUCUUCAUGUUUGUUAGUACGGUCUUCUCCCUCCUGGCUAUUGCUGCUUUUGCCACCUUCAUCGCUUUAGCUGUUAUAGAAAAGCAGUCAAUAACUGACCCCAAGAGCUUCUAUCUGUCAGCUGUGUGGAGCUUCAUGACUCUUAAAUGGGCCUUCCUGCUGGGCAUGUACUCCUACCGUUACCGCCAGGAGUUUGCUGACAUCAGCAUCCUCAGUGACUUUUGAUUGGCUCCUUCAUCUGUAAUAGAUUUGUAGUUGCCAGUCGGCGGCUUCACCUGCCAAUGUGGAGAUGGAAGGAUGGAUAGAUGGAUCUCCUUUUUAAAACCGUCUUACAGCCUCCUUGCUUUCACAGAAAAGACUCAAAUUAGUCCUCCUUUCCUCAGAUCCGGGCCCUGGAGUAUGAAGUCAGUGAAUGUCUGUGAUCUUUUCGAUGUUAAUUGGAGGUUUUACAUUGACAUGUUUCAAAGGAAGUGUGUAUUAGAUGUGGUCACAGGUAGUUGUUACUUUACUCAGGGCAACUUCUCUCCAAAUGUCAGAUGUGAAAUGAAGGCUGUCCUUCACUGUCAGAAAAAAAAGUGCAAAAAUUGUACAUUGUCAUUGGGGCAGUAGACCUUGUCUCUACCCCUUUAUAAGGGUGCAUAUUUGUUCCUGCGAGUGCUGAUGAUAUGCAUUCUUAGGGUAUUACUAUAAACCAUUUUUGGAGAAUGUGGUCCAAAAGGCUCACUUUAAAGAGACUGCUGUAGUGACAAGGUUCAAUCUUUGCACCUUUUUAAGAGUAUUGAAUGAGUGUAUGAUGAAGGAUUUGCACAGCUUUAUCUUAGUGUUCAGCGAUGGUGGAAUUAACUGAUUUAAUGUUACUAUCGUUUUCAGACAUAGUGUUCUUUAUUAUUUGCCAUUGCAAUUGUUAUUUCUUUUUAAAUGUUGUUUAUACUAAGUUCUAUUUAUGAUAGGCUGUGUUCGGAACUGCAUACUACCGUACUAGUAAUUCUGCAGUGAGUAUCUUAUGUUCACCAAGGCUGCAUUUAUUUUGUCAAAAAUAGAGUAAACACAGUAACGUUGUGUAAUGUUUUAAAAUAAAACAUUAAUGUCUUCGGUGUAGUGUAUACAAUGAUACAUCUGAACAGUUCUUCCAAAAUGUAUGCACAGGACACUACAUCUCACAAUGAAGUGCACUUGACUUUCCAUUACCAACAUGAUGAGCCGUAAUAAUAUCAAGCCCCUUUUACCGUGUUGACUUGUUAUUUGAUCCGACUACUAAAAGCCAAGACAUGCAAAAUAGCCAUUCAUACUCACUCACUGAAAUGUGACAAUGUAGCAUUCUAAGCUUAUUUGUGCAUAAUGCAUUCUGUUUUGCAUACUACCUUUAUAUGCAUAGGUAAUACUUGGCAGUAUGACUAGUAUUCUGUUCCGAACGUUACCAUUGAUGUAUUAUUAUUAUGCAUUUCCUCUCUUUGCCACUAGUAGACUGAGCAAUUGAAUGAAUGACUAACUGGUGCUCAGUCUUCUGCAUAUGUUAUGUUUUUAAUUACUUAUUAUCACUAAAUUGUAUUAAGUUAAAACCAUGAGCUAAAUUCACCAUAUUUUUGAAUGCUAAAUAUGUUAUGUCAUCAUGUGAAAUGAUUUUUUUGGAUUAUUUUACAAAAGUGUUUAUGUUUUAAAAUUCAUGUCUUGUUUAUUUGAGGAAUGCGUGCUCUGUCUGUAUGCGUGUUGAGCAGAUGUUAAGUGUGGUCUGAUCUGUUGUAAUUUGCAGAUGUUAAAGGAUUAGUUCUCCUCAAAUCCUGUCAUUUAUUCACCGUCAUGUCAUUUAAAUCCAAAUUUUUAUAGUAAAAAAAAAUAAUAAUAACCAACUCAUAUAAUAGCUUUGUAUGAGAAACAGACAAAAAAAUAUUAAUAAUUAAAUUAAUUUAAAUAUGAAUACAAUUAUAUUGAACAAAAAAUAAUAUUGAUGGUGAGUAAAUAAUUUUUUAAUUCUUUUGGAAAACCAUUCAUUUUUAGGAGCCAAAAAGUAUCAAAAACAGAUUACUUUGCACUAGAUUGCAUAGAAAUGUAAAAUGUAUUAUUCGUUUUAAUGAGUAGAAGGGGUCACCUUCAAAAUGCUGAACUUUUACCAACAAUAUUUUACUCUAUAGCAUGUAUGUAAAGUAGUUUUGUACCAUAUUGCUUUUAACCAGUUGUAUGCAGAUCCAUCUGAUUACAGUUAUACUACCUGCAGCUUAAAACUUUGCACAUUAUGUGUUACAUUGAGACUUUUGAAGGGGAUUAAAGUACUGUUGUUUAAAUCUA